GGUUUACAUGAAGGAGCCGCCGCAACUCUUACGAUGCAAUUUCAGCUGGUUGAUGGACGAUCCACGCCCCGCUUGGUUCUUGCAUUCAAAUCGCAGCUUUGCCCUUUCUCGAUCGAUCGAAGUGCCGAGCCCCACGACGAGCCUGGUUUCCUUGAAUUUCUUUUCGCCUUCAGGUAUGGCGGGCAUGAUACCUACAGAAAUUGUCUAAGAAUACCCAGGCACAGGCGCAUAGAAGAUCAUGGCAAUGCAUACUUUAGCUUUGGCAUUCUGUCCACAUACUUUGCUUAUCCAUACACGAGGCGGACGAUAUUUGCACUUGACAUAUCCAGAAAGAACUUUUAUUCAUUGUGCUGGAAAGAUUCCUCCUCGCAUUUGUUUCGUGUGGCCAACUUUUCCCUGUGCUAAAAAUUCCAGUACCAUAUCUAAACAAAGGAGGCUGAACUGGACGACAGGGAGUAUGGCAGACGGCAACCAAUCCGAUACACCUGAAAGCAGCACCAGCAGUGCAACUCGACUGAUAAGAACGAUUCAAUCUUUUCAAACUAAGCUGAGUGCUCGGAUCAAGCAGUUGAGGAAAGGGAUAUGGAUCAAAAUUUUCUUUUUCUUGGUAGGAUUCUACUCUGCUACAGCAUUUGCAACAGUGAUCGGGCAAACCGGCGACUGGGACAUUCUUUCUGCUGGCUUAGCUGUUGUCGUGGUGGAGGGGAUCGGUGCCCUCAUGUACAGAGCUUCACUUACCUUUCUCGACAAGUUCAAGAGCCUAAUCACCGUCUUCAAUUACUGGAAGGCCGGGCUUUCCCUGGGAUUGUUCUUGGACGCGUUCAAGUAUGAAAUCGAAUCGUGUAUCGAAUCAUGUAAGCCAUCAAAUUUUGAAAUCGAUAUAUUCCCUGCGAUUUGGUAGCUAAAUUGAACUCAAUAAGUUUUUGUGGUGGAGUUUCUCCGUUUGGCGUUUUCCAGGGGGAAAUCUGGAAACAGAGGACAUGUCAGAGUUUGUUCUGGUAAUUUUAAAGAUUUAGGGGGUAUUUAUAAAUAAGGUAAAA